AUGUCUAACCUCCAGGCGGUGCACGCACAGCGCUCUGUGGACCUGCCCAAAAGCCAGUGCCCUAGCCGCAUGUGGACGGGGGUGUUGGGUGUUACCCUGGUGGAGGGACAGGAGCUGCCUCAGAGCGGGACAGGAGACGUGUAUGUGCGCUUCAGGCUGGGAGAGCAGAAGUACAAGAGCAAGAACCUGUGCAUCCAGCCGUACCCCCAGUGGAGAGAGCAGUUUGACCUGCACCAGUAUGAGGACUGCCAGGAGCCACUACAGGUGGAGGUGUGCUCCAAGAGGGGGCGCAAAGGGGAGGAGUCCUGGGGCACGAUUGAGGUGGUCCUGUCCCGACUGCCUCUGAAUGAAGCGCAGCUCUGCACAAACGUUUUGGACCCAGGAAAGGGCCGCCUGGUGUUCCUGGUGACACUGAGGCCCUGCUGGGGAGUGUCCAUCAGCGACAUGGAGACCGCCCCGCUGGAGAAGCCCGAAGACAGGGAAAGCAUCGAGGAGAAAUUUAUCCUGAAGAACACUCACCAGUGCAUGGCAGAGGUGGGCUACCUGCAGGUCAAAGUGGUCAGAGCCAACGACCUGGCCUCCACAGACCUUAACGGUAAGAGUAACCCGUUCUGCGUAGUGGAGGUGGGGAACAGCCGGCUUCAGACGCACACGCUGUACAAGACGCUGAACCCAGAGUGGAACAAAGCACUGGCAUUCCCCAUCAAAGACAUCCAUGAGGUCCUGGAGGUCACGGUGCUGGAGGAAAACGGGGACGGUUUCUUGGGAAAAGUCGCCAUACCUCUACUUACGGUGACCAACGGUCAACAGAUGUGCUUGCUGCUGAAGAAAGAAGACCUGGAGAAGGCCUCCAAAGGCACCAUCACCCUAGAGAUGGAUGUCAUCUAUAACAAGGUCCGCGCUGGCAUCAAAACCUUCAAACCCAAAGAGACCAAAUUAACCGAAGAAACCCCCAAGUUCAAUAAAAAGGUACUGGCUCGCAACAUUUACAGAGUCCGCCGCAUCAGCACUGCCGUCCUCUACACGCUGAGGUACAUCAAGAGCUGCUUCCAGUGGGAGAGCACCCAGCGCAGUCUCUUGGCCUUCCUGAUCUUCUUAGUGACUGUGUGGUACUGGGAGCUCUUCAUGCUGCCCCUCUUCCUAUUCGUCCUCAUCGGGUGGAACUACUUUCAGCUGGGCACGGGGAAAGUCACUGCCAACCAGGACUUGGUGCACACGAGCGCGGCAGAGGAGGACGAGGACGACGAAAAGGACGCUGCUCGCAGAAGUCUAAUAGAUAAAAUACACAUGGUGCAAGAAGUGGUGCUGGCCGUCCAGAACGUUCUGGAAGAGAUCGCAAACAUCGGAGAAAGGGUCAAAAAUAUAUUCAACUGGUCCGUGCCGUUUGUGUCGUGCCUGGCCUGCCUGGUUCUGUUUGUGGCAACAGCUCUGCUCUACUUCAUCCCUCUCCGGUACCUCGUGCUCAUGUGGGGCGUUAACAAAUUUACCAAGAAGCUGCGCAAUCCCCACACUAUUGACAAUAAUGAAAUACUGGAUUUCCUCAAGAGGGUCCCUUCUGAUGUUCAAAAGGUGCAGUACAGCAGUGCGAGGGCGCCCGCGGGAAGCAGCCAGCCGCAGAGGAGGAAGAAGUGA